AUGAUCUUAGAUUCUAGUAAUCUUUCCAUCUAUACUCUUUACCUGUUUGAUCUUUGUCUGACCACACAGGAGAGUCCAUUCUUGUUCGGCGGUCCCCUGGCGGAGUCUACAUCCGGUCCUUUUCGAGCACCUUCGUUGGAUCAGAACGCAAACGAUCGGGCGACUGACAACUGCAGGCGUCUAAAUCGGGAUCCGGUGAGUGGUGGAAUAUUUACAGCUUAUGUGGUUAUUUAG